UGUCCAUCUCGACUCUGUUCCGCAAGCUUCUGCCAUUGACUUUCCUCAUUCACCACACCCUCUUCGCCGAAAUGGUUUCCUUCAAGCUUGCGACGCUCGCCGUCGCAGCGUUCAGUGCUGUCAAUGUUCUGGCUCAAGACAAUGUCAAGGUCGAAGAUGUCGCGGCCGAUGCGGAACAACCCAAUAUCGCAGACCUGUCAAUCGAGGACAUGCAAAAAUUCAUGGAAUCGGGCAAAGAGACGUGGGCAGCAGAACAGCAGCAAAAGCCGCUCAAGGCCAGCUUCAAUGUGUCCUUCCCAGAGGCCGAGAUUUUUGGUGUGAAGCUCGUCAAUGGACGUCCGACACGCACUUUGAUCACAAUCACCAACAACGAGGACACCGAGAUCAAUGUCUUGGCCGCUGUUGCGGGUCUAUACAGCCCACUUGGCCAAGUUGGCGCGCCUGACCCGCCUCAGAGCAUUCGCAACUUGACUGCUGCCAGAUUUGGGAAGAGCAUCGCACCGCACACCUCUGAGACCUUCACCUACGCUUAUGCGACGAUCAUGCAGCCUCAGGAUAUCUUGCUCGAGGUCAACGCAAUCAUUACGCGAGGCCCAGCAGUCUUUACUUCGACCGUGUUCCGCGAGAAUGUGUCUGUAGUGGAAGCUCCAACGUCCCUCUUGGAUCCUCAAAUCAUCUUCCUCUACCUGUUCCUCCUCGCCGCUUUUGGUGGAACCGUCUACUUCAUCUACAACACCUGGAUCACCACAUUGUUCCCACAGAAGAAGCGAGGUGGUAAGGGCGGGGAGCGUGCUAAGCGCUCGACUGCUGGCUCCAAGCCAGUAGACCCCAGCGAACAGGUCUCUGUUGUCGGUGCUGAUGGCCCAGCUGUUACUUCUGGAUCGUCAAAGGGCUACGAUGAGAGCUGGAUCCCAGCCGAGCACCUUCAACGCCCACAAGCGAGAAGAGUCGGAAGUGGACGACCAAAGAGCAGGGCGGCAUAGAUGUAUCGAGCACGGGAAGGAAGACAAGCGGCACAGGUUCGAAGCACUCCACAAAACUCCAACUGGGAGCAAUCCCGGAGUUGUGAGCGCAAAGCUUAAGUAAUCCAAGAGAACCUCGCACAACGUGUCGAAGGGCAUCAAAAUCAAAACAACAUUGGAAAAUGCACCGGAGUAGGAGCAACGGGCCUCGCAUGCAGUUCUUGCCUUCAUAUACGCCCGACGCAUAUCGAAACUUCAUCAAAGUGCAAGCUAACGCGACUUUCCUCAGAAGUCUGAAACGCUAAAGCAAACGCCAACCAUGUCGUCUCUCUCUGAGUACCCCGAAUGCCCAUUCUCCGCCCAUCUCCACGCUCAGUACCAUCCUGGGAAUUCUGCCCACGGAGAUGGCAGCCCAUCCAGUACCUCUCGCAUUGCGUCGAGCGCCUGCUCCACUUCACACCAUGGUAGUCCAUCCAUAGAAUCCACGAUUCUGAAGGUGCUGGCAACAACUUGGUGAGUUGGACAGUAGGCACCGAAAAUGUCUGGCCAGAAAGCUGUACGAUAGCGAUCGGCCUUAGCCCACGCGACGAGGUUGUCCCAGUCUGGCUUGCCUUUCAUCAGGUUGGUAACAUUGACGCCACGGCGCUGUCCGUUCAGCCAGUUGUAGAAGGAAGAGUAUUGAUUCUUGAAUGGGACAAGAGCUUCGCCGUCGAAGUCCUCCACGUGCACCUCGAACUCGUUCUCGGCGUAGUAGAUACUACAAGCUUCACGGCGGAUACGGUUGCACACACCUGCACAAGGUCAGAAAUGCUCACUGACGAGACUGGGACCACGCACGCAAUAGACUUGGUUCGCCGGGACCUUUGCGCGUCACCUUGAUGGGUUUGGCCUUGACCAGAG